AUGAAAGCACUCCUUUCUCUCGCUGCUAUUCAGCUGCUGGUCAGCUCUGUUUCUGCCCUCCCGCUCCAUGACAGUGACAUUCCCAGACACCUCACUGUCAGUGCUGCCAGACCCUGGGCUGUGGUAAAACGUCAAAAUGUUUCUACAUGGGAUCCUCCGGCAGAUCUUGUGACUCCUCUGAACGAGGUAUGGGAACAUCAAAUGUCGACCUAUCAGGAUGCACUCGGAUUCAAAAACUACGGGUUCGACCAGGUUCUAGCUGGCAAAGGUAAAAUAAACUACUGCGUGCGCUGGGAAUCCGCCCAGCCAGUCACCGAGGCCCAACGUGCCGAAAUCGCCUCUGCUGCCAGCCGCUCAUUCAAUCAGUGGAUUUCUGUUUUGGCAGGAUUCGAGGACUGGCCAUAUAACACGGUGGAGGUCAAUGUGGUUGGAUGGGCUGUUCGUGAUGCGUCCCUCCUUCAGGGUGACACUUCAGGUAUUGAUAUCCACACAACCACUGAUGAAAAUGGAGUUCCACAAUGUGUGCCUUCCUGUGGACGCUUUUUCCAUCAGGAUGGUGAUUAUAGCUCCUGCCCUGGAGGUGCUGAUCGUCACUAUGAUCAAAGCUUGUGGCUCACGGAUGGCUUCCAAGGCGGUGCUGGUGGUGACUGGGGCCAGCGCAUGGGACAGGAGUACUUCAUGGAGAAUCUCAAGACCGAGAAUAUCCAUAUCUACCUCCACGAGAUCGGCCAUACCUUCGCCUUGGAUGAUUUCUAUGAUUGGACUCCUACCGGCCAGCAGAACUUUCUCAUGCUUGCUGGCAGCGCAAUGGAGAUUACCGAGUUUGAUAUUUGGAUGUUGCGUGACUGGUGGCGUCAUCUCAAGGAUCGCUACAAGCUGUGA